CAUACAUUAGCGCAUACAAAAAAUAAUUUAAAAUGGGAGCAUUCUUCGAAACCAUUCCCGAGUCAUUACUCAAAUGGAUCAUUGAACAAAAGAUUUUCUGGGUAGCUACGGCCCCAUUAUCAGGCCGAGGCCAUGUCAACGUCUCGCCCAAAGGCGGCGAUUGUUUCGGUGUCCCGGACACCAAGACGUUCUGGUACCUGGACAUGACGGGCUCCGGCAACGAAACCAUAGCGCAUAUACUAGAACCCGGAAAUGGCCGAAUCACCAUCCUCUUCAACGCCUUCGAAGGGCCGCCGCGCAUCCUGCGACUGUGGGGCAAAGGCCGGGUGCUAGAGCACGGCACGGAGGAGUUCCGGGCAAUGGUGGAGCGGGAGAAGAUCGAGGUGAUCCCGGGGACGCGGUCGGUGAUCGUGGUGGACAUCCACCAGGUGGGCACGUCGUGCGGGUACUCGGUGCCGGUGUUUGACUUCAAGGAGCACCGAACGCUACUAAACGACAUCUUCAAGCGCAAGGAAGAAAAGUACCUCGCUGGAAACGAGAAGGAGAGCAUGGACCGGUACUGGGCGCUCAAGAACUCCUGGAGCAUGGACGGUCUCCCGGGCAUGCCCCGGGGCAUCAAGGCAGGCCGCUUCUACUCCAUCGACCCCAUCAAGAAAAUGGUGGGACCUUUGGCACCCAAGAACGGCGUCAGGUUGAGCACGCGGAAUGGCUUCCUCAUCGAACACGUGUUCAUCGUCGUCCUCGCUCUCUUGCUCGCGGUUUCACUGGCUACCCAUCCUGCUUUCCAGCACCAGGCUCAGGCGCGGAUACAACACGUAUUGUCGCAAGUCAGGGCAGGAGCAGAUGUGCUUCCGAGUUCCGUUCGAUUUCGAGAAUGAUUAAUUGUACCUGGAUUGGUUUUGGCCUUUUCAAUCCAUUACACCCUGUUAAAUAUCCAUGGAAUGUUUUUGGUUGUUUUGUUGAAAAAGAAAUUUGCAACCUACACCCCUCAUUUUCCUUUAUUGUAGGUAACUAUUCUUACACACAUGGCAGGAAUUAGUUAUGUGCUUAUGAUUCAGACGACGAACCUUGUUAUGUUUCAUAUAAAUCAUAACGUAGGUAGUUAAUUACAUAUGUAUAACUACCUAUCUUAUGUAGGCAGGUACGCAUACAUCAAUUCUGAUAGGGUUUAACUAUUUAUUCUCUCCAUGUCUCUGUCGUAGAAAGGCUAUCCGUGCAACCCCACAAAUUGUAGG